AUUAGUGGUUAAUUAACUUUUUUCUUUUAUUCUUCAUCAAUAUUCCGAUCAUGAAAGUCCUUACGUUAAAAAUAUUAUUAGUUAUUACAAUCAUCGACUGUGCCUACUCUUGGUGGGACUCUGAUUUUAUAAUAAUAUCUCCCAAAGCAAUCGUACGCACGGAAAACAAAGGUGUUCGUAAACCAUUCCUAAAACUCUCUCGUGCAACUCGUGAUAUGACGUAUUCACUACAGAAUUCUAAGUAUGUACUGGGAAGAGUAAAAGCUGACCUGCAAAAACUAAGGUCAUCAUACACACAACAUUUUGCGAGAAUGGAACAACAGUUGAAUGAAUGCAGUAGAUUAAAAAAUCCUUCGUCUGAAUCUAAGAAACCAACUGAUUACGACUAUCCUGAUCCUGAUUAUCAAUAUUAUUAGUCAGUUAUUUUACAUGAAACAUGAUUUAUAAAUAUGUAACGGAAUGGUCUCAACACGUCUAAAAGGAUGUAAAAACACAGUAUUUAAAUCUAUAUUAUAUACAUAUGUGCGCAUAUUAUGAAGGUUUUUUAUACAAAUCGUAGUUGAAGUACCUCAACUACUAACUAGUGCAUCAACUACCAUACUUAAUAAUAAAUAAUUAGGUACCGCAGUUUUUAUGACAUGGUACGCUU